GUCAGCGGCGCCGGCGGGCGCGGCCGGGGGAGGGGCGCGGCGGACAUGUUGUCGCCCAGGCGGAAAGGGCGCAGCGGCCGCUCCCCGUCGGCGCCUGAGAAAAGCCGGCGGUCCCCGGCAGCGCGAGAGCCUGGCGGCGGCUCCGCCAUGGAGGAGGGCGGCGGCGGCGGGUUCCGCCUGUCGGCCGAGUGCUUGGACGAGCCGCCCAACAGCCGCGUGUUCGUGGUGCUGGGCAAGGACACCGGGGAGGCGCUGCUGCGGGACCGCUUCGCCCCCUUCGGCGACAUCCAGAACAUCUGGCUGCUGCGCGACAAGCGCACCAACGAGUCCCGCGGCAUCGCCUUCAUCAAGUUCGCCCGCAGCUCGCAGGCCUGCCGAGCCAUGGAGAUGAUGCACGGCCGCAGCCUGGCCCCCGACACCAAGCCCAUCAAGGUAUUCAUUGCACAAUCGAGAGCUUCUGGAAGCCACCGAGAUGUUGAAGAUGAAGAGCUUACACGAAUCUUUGUUAUGAUACCAAAAUCCUAUACAGAGGAAGAUCUGAGAGAUAAGUUUAAGAUGUAUGGAGACAUUGAGUAUUGCAGCAUUAUUAAGAACAAGACCACUGGAGAAAGUAAAGGUUUGGGCUAUGUGAGAUAUUUAAAACCAUCCCAAGCUGCCCGCGCAAUUGAAGAGUGUGAUCGAAGCUACCGGGCCAUUUUGGCUGAACCUAGAAAUAAGUCAUCCGAGUCCUUUGAACACGAAUAUUAUAGUAACAGUAAUCACACAAGGCAGGAACCAAGAGGAAAUAUGUUUCCAUUUGGUGGGCAGCCAGAGUUUUGUAGUUUUGAAAAAACUGAGAGCAGAAUUCAGGAGUCAGUCUCCAAACGUCUGUCAGUGGUAUCACGGCUUCCUUUUGUCCAAGAGCAGCUGUCCGCCCUCUUUGAUCUAAUACCAGGGCUGGAGUACUGUGAUAUUCAGCGAGAUCCUCAUACUAAUAAUGGGUAUGCUGUGAUUCAGUACAGUAGUGCUGCAUCAGCUAUAUAUGCCAAGUAUAAAUUACAUGGGUUUGAGUAUCCUCCUGGAAAUCGAUUAACUGUCACUUUCCUAGAAGAUGGGAGUGAUAGCUCAGACCUCAUUAGAAGAAUGGCAACAGAGCUGGUAACAGCACACAUGUCAUCACUGUUGUGGAAUAAUAAUUCAAUUUCUCAGCAGUGUAGGACACCUCCUCAGGCAUUUGGAGGAACUUCUGGCUCACAGUUACUUCAGCCCCAGACAGAUGCAAUACUUCCACCACACAAAAAAAAAGUUCCACCUGACACUUCUGUGAAGGAAAGGCUUUUCAUACUGUUUAAUCCCCAUCCUUUACCCAUAAAUGUAUUGGAGGACGUGUUCUGUCGUUUUGGACACCUGAUAAAAGUUUACCUUGUGGCUGGAAAAAAUGUGGGCUAUGCAAAAUUUGCAGACAGAGCAAGUGCCAGUGAUGCCAUAACUGCAUUACAUGGAAAGGUGGUGAAUGGUGUCAGGCUUAAAGUAAGGUUGGCAGACUCACCUACAGAAGAAUCUAACAAACGUCAGAGAACUUACUAGGUGGGUAAGUACCCAGUCUGAGCUGUUACUUAAAUUUAAGUUUGAAUACUUGAAAUAGUGAGAGGCAAAGUAUUUCAAGUUAAAUGUGAAAAAUGUCAUGAUAAAUUUGAACUGUAAAGUUGUUAGCUAGAAACAGAUUUAGUUUGUGAUAUGUGUAUAUACUGUGUGUUUGUGUGUGACAUGCACACUCUAUUUUAAUAAAAAUCUUUAUUUUUAUAAUGUUUGAACAAAUAUGAGCCAGUUGAUUAUCAAUCUUGGAUGUUCAUAAUAUUCACUUUAUGUACAUAAGAGUAUCAGAUAACAUUGAACAAAGUAUGGGAAAAAUAAACAAUAUGACUGAGA